AUGGAGAUCAUCCUGCCAAUUCGGAAACCUCGCGAGAACAUUAUCCCUUGGCCGCCCCCAGAACCAUCUCUGCGGCCCGCCCUCUCUGGUAGACCAGGCCCAGAAACGAUUCCCAAUGAUAUUUUCAUCCUUAUUAUUCAGCACACGAUAGACGACAUCAUUGCUUUCCUCGAAACAAGAGGCCAGGCAGUCUGCUGCAUCGAGGUCGCCAAAAACGCUGCUCCCGAGCCAGGUUACGUACGCCUCGAAGCCCCUGGGACAGACUGCGAUCAUGGUGAACCGGGACGCCUCGAAUUUUCUCUCUGCAACGUGGCGACGCAACAGAAGCGAUACAGACUCCUUCGUAUUCCUCUGGGCAUCAAUCACGCAACUCGCAAGAUGGUACACCGAAUAUUCAUUCCGUUCGAGUUCCAGACUACAGCAUUGCCGCCCACGGAAACAGACUGCAAACGUCACUUUGAUGAUGCAGUUCCCUGUCUGAUCUGUCCCCAUAUGGACAAGUUUUACAUUCCCUGGGGGGGCUCUACAGUGGAGGCUGUUAGGGGCGCAUUCUGCGAUCUGCUCCUUGCGCUGCAGAACCCGCGGCCCGCCGACACGAUGCUUCUCAGCUGCGUCCAGAACAUCACGCUGAGACAUAUACAUUAUUUCAACAAGGAAUAUGGCCCACUCAUCGAAGUAUUGGCGGCGUUUCCGAGACUUCGCAGCAUCCAGGUCAUCCUCACGGCCGAGGAUCCUAGAUCUAUAGCACCGUACUCGCCCUCAAGUCGCACCUUUGAGCCACUUCCCGAAAGUCACUCACAUGACAAGCUCGAGCACAUCAAGUGCGAGACCCCCCUCGAUCCCGACGGGCUGAGUUACUGGAGCAAGACUCAGGGGCACGAUUUCUAUGAGCUUUCUCGGGUGCUCGGAGAAAAGAUUGUCAAGAUCUGGCUUGCGACCUCUCUACGAGCGGAGCCGUGGGCCGAAUUGGUGGCAUCCCCGGACGGCCCGCGCCUGGCUUACAAGACGAACCCGUGCAUCUGCAAGACGUGGGCGCCGCAUCACAUGGCGUUCAGAUACUUCUUCCACUACAGCUAUGAUCUUCGUUCUCCUCAAUGCGGCUUUUUUCAGAAAGGGUUUCAUCCGCUCGGCCCUGGUGGGAAACCUGUAGCAAAAGGUGGUCGUCGCGGUACAUUCCUUGUGCCGAAGACUAAGACCAGUAUCCGGGAGCGAAGCUUAAAGCCAAGAGGUCAGUAG